AUGAACGCCGACUUCGGCGCGCCCAAGGAGCUCGCGGGGGGCCUGCAGCAGCGGCGGGCCGUCUACCAGCCCCCCCUCCCGCCAUGCCUCCAGGGGCCGACGGUAAGGGCGGAGUACGGCGACGCGACCACCACCAUCGACCCCACCUGUGCCCAAGCCGUCGCGCAGGCCUUCCCGCACACCUUCGGCCAGCCGCUCGUGAGCUUCGUCGCGCCGGCCGCCGACGCCGCCGCCGUUGAGGAGCGCCACCCGAUCAGGGUGGGCGUGGUGUUCUCUGGGAGGCAGUCGCCAGGAGGGCACAACGUCGUCUGGGGCCUCCAUGACGCACUCAAAGCCUACAAUCCUCAGAGCGUGCUCUACGGAUUCGUCGGUGGCACGGAGGGGCUGUUUGCAAACAAGACGUUGGAGAUCACAGACGAUGUUCUUGCUUCCUAUAAGAACCAAGGUGGUUUCGAUUUGCUCGGUAGGAGUAUCGAUCAGAUCCGCACUACUAAGCAAGUGAAUGCUGCAAUGACAACAUGCCGCAGUCUGAACUUGGAUGGGUUGGUCAUCAUUGGAGGAGUGACCUCCAAUUCAGAUGCUGCACAGCUUGCAGAGACCCUUAUCCAGAAUAACUGUAAGACCAAGGUUGUUGGUGUGCCAGUUUCAUUGAAUGGUGACCUCAAGAACCAGUUUGUUGAAACAACAGUCGGAUUUGAUACAUUGUGCAAGGUUAAUUCACAGCUUGUAAGCAAUGUUUGCCUCGAUGCAAUCUCAGCUGGAAAGUACUAUUAUUUUGUUCGUCUGAUGGGACGAAAAGCAUCUCAUGUUGCCUUUGAAUGUGCACUUCAGUCACACCCAAACAUGCUCAUCUUAGGAGAGGAGGUAGCAUUGUCAAAACUCACUCUGAUGGAAAUUAUAAACAAGAUAUGUGAUGGAGUACAAGCAAGGGCAGAAUUAGGGAAAUAUCAUGGUGUGCUUGUUAUCCCCGAAGGACUUAUAGAAACCAUUCCAGAAAUGUAUACUCUUAUUCAGGAAAUCAAUAUCCUUCACAACAAUAAUGUUCCUGUGGCUGAGAUGUCAUCACAACUGUCUCCGUGGGCAGCUGCUCUGUUCCAGUUCUUGCCACCCUUCAUCAGAAGAGAGCUGCUGCUCCACCAAGAAUCAGAUAACUCUGCACAGUUGUCCCAGAUUGACACGGAGCAACUGUUAGCCCAUCUAGUAGAAACAGAAAUGAUAAAGAGAACAAAAGAAGGAAGAUACAAGGGAAGGAAGUUCAGUUCAGUCUGUCAUUUCUUUGGAUAUCAGGCUCGAGGAUCUAUACCGUCAAAUUUUGACUGCGACUAUGCUUAUGCUCUUGGACGUAUCUCCCUGCAUAUGAUCGCAUCUGGAUUGACUGGUUACAUGGCAACUGUGGCUAACCUGAAGGACCCUGUUGACAAAUGGAGAUGUGCUGCUGCUCCUUUAACUGCGAUGAUGAGUGUCAAGAGACAUUUACGUGGCCCUGGAGCAAUCCCUAUAGGAAGGCCUUCCAUUCAUCCUUCUCCAAUUGACCUGAAAGGGAAGGCUUAUGAGUUGCUGCGAGAGAAGGCUUCAAGCUUCCUCCUUGACGACUUCUACAGGACUCCAGGAGGCAUUCAGUUCGAAGGGCCUGGUUCAGACGCGAAGCCCAUCACGCUGACCAUUGAGAACCAGGACUACAUGGGCGACAUUGAGAUACUGAAAGAGUAUCUCGGCAAGGUUAGGACCAUGGUGAAGCCAGGGUGCUCCCGGGAGAUCCUGAAGGCAGCGAUCAGCUCCAUGGUGUCGGUGACGGAUGUGCUGACCGUGAUGUCCCACCCCCUCAACGCCGAGCUGCCCCUCUACCAUUUCAAGUGA